AUGCUCAACGUGUGCCUGAUCGGCGCUGGAGGCGUGGGAACGAUUGCAGCAUAUGUCCUGGAAAAGUCUCAGAGGUGCAAUGUCACCGCAGUGCUACGAUCCAACUACGCUGUCGUUCAAGAGCAGGGCUUCGACAUCGAUUCAGUUGACCAUGGCCAAGUCCGGGACUGGAAACCACACAAGGUGAUACCGUCUCUUUCGUCAGCGCCGACCGACGUUCUAUACGACUUCGUCGUCAUUACCACGAAGUGUAUCCCUGAGCUAGUGGCCUCGCUCGUCCCGGACCUCAAGCUGCUCGUCACUCCACGCAAAACCAGUCUCGUCCUGAUCCAGAAUGGGCUGGACAUUGAGAGGCCACUCGCGGCCGCGUUCCCCGAGACGCCUAUCCUGUCGGGCCUAAGCAUGAUCGGGUCCAGGACGACAUCUCCUCGUACAGUGUUCCAUGAAGAUCCAGACCAGCUUAGAAUUGGACCGUACUACCACCACGUCGACAGCCCGCUGUCGCGCUCGACCCAACUCGAAGCUGCACGCCUGUUCGUCGAGGUAUACAACGCCGGUCUCUCUGAAGCGCAGACGGCGCGGAAAUCCGGCGCCGAGUGCGUCCUAGCCGAGGACAUCGUCGCAGCCCGCUGGCGCAAGUUGCUCUGGAACGGCUCGUUCAACACAAUCUGUGCCGUGCUCAGAAUGCCGGUCGGCGAACUUCUGUCGAGUCCAGGUCGAUCGACGCUUCUCGAGCCCGCCAUGCGUGAGAUCGCGGCCAUCGGCACUGCUGCCGGCUACGGAGAGGCCCUGACAGAAGACGUCGUGCGGCUCUUGUUGCAUGACACCCCGGAAUCCAGCCCCUUUAGACCGAGCAUGUUGGUGCACCUGGAGAAGGGCCAGCCACUGGAACUGGACGUGAUUCUGGGAGCCCCGCUGCGGGUGGCGAGGGAGAAGGGCGUCAACACGCCGGUGCUCAGCCAGAUUUAUGAGUUGCUGAAAGUGGUUCAGUGGCAGCUGCUGAGGCAGCAAUCUAAGGAGAAGGGCAGGGCCGGACAGGGCUCAUGA